CUUCCGUCUUGCAUUAUUUUCCCCUUGGGCCUCCUCCCCAGAUUUCUCCCUCUCUCUCUGCUGUUGACCGGUUGCUAAUUCACUCGCUAUUUGCCUUACAUCUCAAUCGCUUAACCUGACCAUUUCACAGUUUCUGUUCUCCUGUGCUGAGCAAUUUGUAGCCAUCAUUGGCCACCCUGCACGCCAUGAGCGCAGUGUUGCUCCGGAGUCGACCGGACCAAACGGCGCUGAGGAGAAUUGGGUUUUUGUCGAGUCGGCUAUAUUCCUCAAAACCCUUGGGAUCAACUAGGCUCGCUACCUCCCGAGCUCUACCCCUUCGUCAAACCUCCGUACCGCAAUGCCUAGCGUCGCGUGCGUUCUUCAACAGUCACUACUCGAUCCGACACCAAUCAACAGCGCCGGAGUCAACUGACGCUCCACAAAAAUCCUCUUUUCGAAAUGCGUUUGUCAAGACAUUUGCCUAUUGUGGGUUCUUCGUUGUCAUGAGCGGUGCUGCAGUGGUAGCUUUCUUUAUCUACGAUGCGACCACGUACCGUGAACACUCAAGUGCUGAAGAUAUUCCGGUCUCGGAGUUGGCUCUGAAUCCCCGGCGCGGCGGCCCCAAGAACUUGCCUGUUGCCGAUGUGCUGGUUGGGGAUUAUGAUUCGGAGGCUAUGACGGAACAGAAGGACAAGCCGAGGCUGGUUAUCCUAGGUACAGGUUGGGGCAGUAUCGCUCUUCUCAAACAAUUGAAUCCCGGCGACUACCAUGUCACGGUCGUUUCGCCCACCAACUAUUUCCUCUUCACUCCUAUGUUGCCCUCUGCAACGGUCGGCACUCUUGGAUUAAGGUCGCUCGUUGAACCAGUCCGGCGGAUCGUUCAGCGGGUCAAUGGUCACUUUCUGAAAGGCGAGGCGGUAGACGUUGAAUUCUCUGAGAAGCUGGUUGAGGUGUCCCAGGUCGAUGCCAAUGGGCAAAAGCAGAACUUCUAUGUCCCGUACGACAAACUUGUCAUUGGUGUUGGUUGUACAACGAAUCCUCAUGGUGUUAAAGGGCUUGAGAACUGUCACUUCCUAAAGACUAUUGAUGACGCUCGCCAGAUCAAGAAUCAAGUUUUGGAUAACAUGGAAUUGGCCUGUCUACCGACGACCAGUGACGAGGAACGCAAACGUCUACUUUCUUUCGUCGUUUGUGGCGGUGGUCCAACCGGUGUUGAAUUCGCAGCUGAGCUGUUUGAUUUGCUCAACGAAGACCUGCUCUACUCCUUCCCCAAGAUCUUGAGAAACGAGAUCUCUGUCCACAUCAUCCAAAGCCGUACUCACAUCCUGAACACUUACGAUGAAGCCCUUUCUAAGUAUGCUGAGGCGCGUUUCGCUCGAGAUCAUGUUGAUGUCUUGACGAAUUCCCGAGUGAAAGAAGUUCGCGAUGACAAGGUUGUAUUCACCCAAAUGGAGGAUGGCAAGCCUGUACUGAAGGAAAUUCCUAUGGGUCUCUGCUUGUGGUCGACGGGUGUCGCCCCAGCCGAAAUUUGCAGGAAGCUCUCGGCCAAGCUUGAUGCACAGAACAACAAACACGCUUUGGAAACUGACUCACACCUACGCCUGAUCGGGGCCCCGCUUGGUGAUGUGUAUGCUAUUGGCGAUUGCUCGACAGUUCAGAACAAUGUGGCCGACCAUAUCGUAUCCUUUUUGCGCACAAUCGCCUGGGAGAAAGGCAAAGACCCAGAGAAGCUGCAUCUCACAUUCCGUGAAUGGAGAGACGUCGCCAACCGGGUCAGGAAGCGUUUCCCUCAAGCAUCCAACCACCUUCGCCGGCUAGACAGGCUCUUCGAACAGUACGACAAGGAUCAUUCCGGCACUCUCGAGUUCGGUGAACUCUCCGAGCUCCUGCACCAGAUCGACAAUAAACUUACAUCCCUGCCUGCCACUGCCCAGCGUGCCAACCAGCAAGGCGAGUAUCUAGGUCGCAAACUUACCAAGAUUGCCGCCGCGCUUCCCGGCAUGAGAGCCAACGAAAUAGAUCACGGCGACCUCGACGAAGCCGUCUACAAGGCGUUCAAGUACAAGCACCUUGGCAGUCUAGCCUACAUCAGUAACGCCGCCGUCUUCGAUUUCGGAGGAUUGAACUUCAGCGGUGGUGUUCUGGCCAUGUAUUUGUGGCGUAGUGUGUACUUUGCCGAGAGUGUCAGCCUGCGUACCCGCUGUAUGCUUGCUAUGGACUGGGCGAAGAGAGCCCUGUUUGGAAGAGACCUCAUGAGUUUCUGAUUAUUUAGCUACAGUAAACCACCCUAGCAGCGGUACCUGCUAUAAACUACAUGGUGGCAUUUUAUCAUCUACUCUUUAUUUAAAAUUUGUUGGGAUAUACCUGUUUUUCGUGAUCUCUUUACAUUUCCAAUAGAUACCAUUUGUGAUGGUCACUGGUAAUGGCUGGAUCCUCCUUGUAUGCUUUGAGAAUAUCAUAUUAUUGUUGUAUCUAUCUCUUCAGGAAUAGCCAAAGGACUAUUUUACUAUAGGAGGAGUUCUUCUCGUCUUUUGGCUUAAGUCAUUUCUGUAUAUCUCGCUAGUAU